AUGAGCCAACAUUCACGCAAUUCAACUUUCCCGCAAAAGGCUGUGUAUGCGGAGUACAGUCCCCCGCUACGACAGCCGAUGCCUAUGGACUUUGUUGACCUAAUUUCGCAAGAAACACACAGUCCGUGCGCUGCUGCCCAUCAUCCAGGGUAUCAAGACGAUGGAUCAUCCGAAGUUGUACAAGUGGAAAGCUUGUCGCCCAGAGGAAAUGCACAAAUCUAA